ACUGGCUACUUGAAAGAAAUGUUCCUUCAGAGAUUUCAGGCUUCCUCCAAGAGCCCUUCUUUUGAUCUGGAAUUAUCUGUUAUUGACCACAGAGAGCAACUACUGACGAUUCCUGGCACAGGGCCCUGUAUAGUGAGAGGCUGCUACAAUGGAUGUCACUCGCUUGUUCCUGGCCAUCCUUUUGGUCUUCCUAUACUUCCUCACUGCCUUCAGCCACUUGGCACCUGAAGAGAAGCCCAGAGAGGACAGGCGCCUAAGGAGUAACUCCUCCAUGAACCUGUUGGAUUUUCCUUCUGUAUCUAUCGUGGCACUGAACAAAAAAUCCAAAGCGAUCAGCAGAAAAGAAGCAGAAAAGAAGAAAUCUUCCAAGAAAAAGGCUUCGAUGGAGAAGACGAUGAGGUCCCGGCCACCGCCCCCCGUACCCUGCGUGGCCACCCGUGACAGCUGCAAGCCGCCGGCCCCGGCCUGCUGUGACCCGUGCGCCUUCUGCCAGUGCCGCUUCUUCCGCAGCUCCUGCACCUGCCGCGUCUUCAACCCCGGCUGCUGAGCGCACCCACUCGGAACCGCGGAGGCGGUGCUACGCGGACCCGGGGUGACCGCGGGGGCAGGCAAUGGUUAUGGCUUUUGCAAAUGGGCGCGGGCGUGGCUUUCAGGAGGCGGAGCUUCAGAAGACCUGGCUUGAGCUAAAAUCCAAAUAAAUGUAGGCAGCUCA